AUGUCAACCACAAGGCCUCGGCGCACAUUUGUUGCUGACACGCGAGAGGAGCCAUCAGUACCAGAGGAGGAGGAUAGCCUGCUUGAUGAGCAGCAACAAGAUGACGUUGUUCAGAAGUUGACGGAGCAAAAUCAGCGGUCGAAUGCUCGAUGGAUUUCAAUCCUGAAAAUAUUCAUACUUUGUGGUGGCAUCGUAAAUCUUAUCGGGCUUGUCAUCCUCAUACGCGCAACCGCUGCCGGCACCGAACCAAUUUUGUUCGCGGAUCAACCGAUUCCACUCGCACCUGCAUUUGCAUUCCUGUCCCUGGUUCUGACGGGAAUCUCCUACAACAUCACCGGACAUCCCCACUCAGCAACGUCGUUCGGGCAUAUCCCCCAUGAGUACCUCACUAUCGCUUCCCUCGCACCACCUGCUUUAUCCUUCUUCCUUGGAAAGCAUCGCUCCCAAACAUUCUGGUGGUUUUCUGAAACAGCCCUCAUUGGUGUAUGUGCCACCGCGCACAGCAUGAUUGUGAGCAGCGAAGGAGAAAAGGGACCCGAAGGACUUAACAAGCUUAAAUACGAGAACAAAGGAGCAUAA